AUGUUGUCCUUUUGUCCAGUUUGUAAUAAUAUGUUACUUGUCUCGUUGGCAGAUUCAGGUAUCUACACUUUAAAAUGUCAUUCUUGUCCAUACGAAUUCCCUAUUGAAGGCAUCGAAAUCUACGAUAGAAAGAAAUUACCAAGAAAAGAAGUAGAUGACGUGCUCGGUGGUGGUUGGGAUAAUGUCGACCAAACUAAAGUUCAAUGUCCAAAUUAUGAUAAAUGUGCUGGUGAAAGUGCCUAUUUCUUUCAAUUACAAAUUAGAUCUGCGGAUGAGCCUAUGACAACUUUCUAUAAGUGUGUUAAUUGUGGUCAUAGAUGGAAAGAAAACUGA